CGUGCUACGUGCUUAACCAUUCCGAUCGAAGCCAAGCGCAAUGGCGUCCUCCAGCAAGGCCUGCGCCGCCGCCCUCCUUCUGCUGCUGGCCCUCGCGGUGGCCACGGCGGCCGGCGCGUCGAAGCGGAGCAUCGCGUCGGAGGCCAACCCGAGGCCGGUGGGGAAGGUCAUCGUGACGGAGCCCCCGGUCCCGACGUCGGCGCCGGCCAGCGCCGCGAAGUGGAGCAUCGCGUCGGAGGCCAACCCAAGGCCGGUGGGGAAGGUCAUCGUGACGGAGCCCCCGGUCCCGACGUCAGCGCCGGCCAGCGCGGCGAAGCGGAGCAUCGCGUCAGAGGCCAACCCGAGGCCGGUGGCGAAGGUCAUCGUGACGGAGCCCCCCGUCCCGACGUCGGCGGUGGUGGGCGUGUCGGCGACGUGCAUGGGGUCGCUGCUGGAGCUGAGCCCGUGCCUGGCCUUCUUCAGGGACGCGGGCACGUCCAAGGCGCCCGCGGGGUGCUGCAAGGGCCUAGGCACCAUCGUCCGAGACCAGCCCGCGUGCCUGUGCCACAUCUUCAACCGCACCCUAGAGCGGGCCAUCGGCGUUGACAUCCCCGUCGACCGCGCGCUCGCCCUCAUGGGCGACGUCUGCGGCCUCACGCUGCCGCAGGACCUC